UCCCGCUUGUCCUGCAGCUGCUUCUUCUUCUGCUUCACGCUGAAGGGCUUCUUCCUCGGCAUGGCCCCGGAGCCCCGGACCGCCCUCCGCCGAGCUCCCCGCCGCCGCAACUGACUCCCCCGGGCUGCCCCCGCCGGCGGCCCGGGGCCCUGGGGAGGCGGGGCCGCGGUGACGUCAGCGGCGAGCGGCGGGGAGCGGGGCGGCGGGGAUGCAAGCGGCGGCACGUGAGAGCCCGCGGGUCCGGGAUGCACGGGGCGGCGAGCGGGAGACGCGCGUGGGAGGCCCGAGCCGACUCCGUCACGGGCGCUACCAAGUGGCAGUCGCGGGAGGGGGGACGCGUGUCAUCGCCGCUCGGCGCUCCCGGGAGCUGCCACUCACCUGGCGGGGGCCGGGCGACGGGGCGAGGACACGCCCCACCGCGAGGGCGCCAGGAGAGGAUGGCCCCUGGCGGGAGAAGCCGAGGCUGCGCUGGCUGCCCCGUGGACUGGCCUGCGGCGACAGGACUCGGUAAGGAGACUGCGGAAGAGGCAGGUUCACGGGUCACACGUGCGAGCGCGGGUGAGGAGGAAAAGCGAGCGGGACAAGGACUUUUGGAGAGAGGUCAGAGAGCACCGAGUUGUGGCUGUAGGUGUUGCCAUGGUAACUGGGGACCGGAUGUGGCGACCUUAGGAUGCGACAGGCCUCUCGCGUGCCGCCAGAGGCCCGAAGCCUGUCCGGUGUCUCACUGUCAUGCGGUGAAGCUUUCCCACGUGGAGAGGAACUGCACAAGGGGGAGCCAAGCUUCCCCACGCGCGGCGGGGUGAGCGAGGCACCUUGUAGGAGCGAACGGCCGCGGCACAUCCACGACCUCCCGGAAGUGGCAUGGUGGGCGCCUCGGUCACCCGGCCCAUCGCUCACCCGGAAACGGAAGGAAAGCUGGUGUGCCUCUUCCUCACUGCCCUCCAAAUCUGCUGCAGCCAUUGCCGCAGCCGCUAUGCCGAAACGAAAGAAGCAGGACCAGCAGCCGCCGCCGCCGCAGCAGCUUCUCGCACUGUCCGAGCGGGACGAGCCUGGAGACGGGGAGGAUGAGCGCCCCACGGGACCACCCAGCCUUCUGGGCCCUCCCCCCAUGGCUAACGGGAAGCCUGGUGAUCCCAAGUCAGCCUUCCACAGGGGGCCUCCAGGAUCAAGGGGGAGGAUGAUCCCCCCACUGCUGAGUCUCCCGCCUCCUCCCCGGGGUAGAGGCUACAUUCGGGGAGGCCUCGGUCCUCGCGCUAGCCCGUAUGGUCGUGGUUGGUGGGGUAUCAAUACCGAACCUCCUUUUCCUGGGCCAGGCCAUGGGGGUCCCUCUAGGGAAAGCUUUUACAAAGAGGCGAGAAACCCACGAAGGCUCAGAAGCUGGUCUCUUGUCAAGGAUACCUACCCACCUAAGGACAGCCCCCAGAUGAUGGAAGACAAGUCUGACCGCCCUAUCUGCCGACACUUUUCUAAGAAGGGCCACUGUCGAUAUGAAGACCAUUGUGCCUUCUACCAUCCAGGCGUCAACGGACCUCCUCUGUGAGACUGUGCCUUCCCACCCAGGCUGGAAGGAGCCCUCUGACCUAGUGGCCAUGCAUUCUGUGGCUCCAUCAUAGAUACUUGAAGGCUCCUCUGUCACCUUCAAGCACUGACACAUCCACCGCUUUCAUCAUCUCUCCCAUUUGGGGUCCAGAGCUGUGAUUGUCACAGUGCACAGUGCACACUAUCUUCUGACCCAGCCUGGAGAGACCUUCGGGACCCCAUCUUGCUACUUUCCACUGCCUCCUGGAUCCUCCCCUCUGCCAAAAGACUGCUCAACAGGAAACCUUUGGUGCUGUUUCUUGUGCAUUUGUCCACCUGUCCCUCAGUAUUGCCCUCAGUUCCCAAGAGCCCUGGAGCAGUCUCUUAUCCUCUAACUGCUUGUUUAAGUCCUUUCACGUAAAACCCCAGUGUUUGCAGCUGCCAGGAAGUGCACCAGGUUGUCUGGCCUUGAGGUCGAGUUUGAGUGACUGGUACAGACUUGCUCCUUGAACAGCCUCUACCUGCUUUUGGACGUCCUAGUUUCUGUCCGUAGCAUGAGCCCCACCACUAAGGCCUGUGGUCACUGUGCUUUGUGAAACUGUGCAUCCUUUGUAGCCUUCCUCGGUGUCCGUGGCAUUUUUUUUGUGAUUUCCCAACACUAGAGUAAGUUUUUCUGCCAAAUCAAGUGAGGCUCUUGGUGCCCUCUGGAGUUCACCUACCUCCCAACACGGGAGGACGUGAGACUUCUUCAGACUGCCUCCCCAUCGUGCCCUCUCCUGGCAUUCUGGGUCUGACAGGUCAGUGGUGUCUUGGAAAGCCUCCGGCGGGCCUCCCCACACAGCUCCCGCCUGGCCCGUUUUAGUUAGGCUCUGUCGUUGUGAGGCCACCGAUCCUUUGAUUUGACUUUGUGAAUCUCCACCUGUCUUUGGAUGGAACCUGAACAGUACUGACAUCUCUGACCCUCUUACUUCCCUGGCACUGCGUGUUUUCUGUGAAAACAGCAGUGAACAUGUUGGGUUUUGAACAGCCCCUAUGGAAGUGGGUCAGGAGGUGUGUGUGCAAGAGGAGAGAGAACUGUUGGAGAACUAAGGAUGUUUUUUUUUUUCUUUUUAACUUUUUUUUAUAUUAGUAAUAAAUACAGUGGAAACCGGUA